CCGGGUUGACAGUGUGCGAGGCGGAAGUGCGGUCUGCUUACAGCCGCUGUCUCUGGGCGGGCCGAGGGAGGCUCCCAAGUAGGGGGCCGGGCUGGGAUGGCGGCAGCAGCGGCCGGGGCCGGCACCGGGUCUUGGGCAUCCCAGGAGAAACAGUUCCCACCGGCGUUACUGAGCUUCUUCAUCUACAACCCACGCUUUGGGCCACGCGAAGGAGAGGAAGAAAAUAAAAUUUUGUUUUACCAUCCAAAUGAAGUAGAAAAGAAUGAAAAAAUUAGGAAUGUUGGCUUAUGCGAAGCUAUUGUUCAGUUUACAAGGACCUUUAGUCCAUCAAAACCUGCAAAAUCUUUACAUACACAGAAGAAUAGACAGUUCUUCAAUGAACCAGAAGAAAAUUUCUGGAUGGUCAUGGUAGUUCGGAAUCCUAUAAUUGAAAAACAGAGUAAGGAUGGGAAACCAAUUGUUGAAUACCAAGAGGAAGAGCUGUUGGACAAGGUCUACAGCUCAGUGCUGCAGCAGUGCUAUAGCAUGUACAAGCUUUUUAAUGGGACAUUUCUGAAAGCGAUGGAAGACGGAGGUGUCAAGCUCCUGAAAGAAAGAUUAGAGAAAUUCUUCCAUCGCUAUUUGCAAACACUACAUUUGCAGUCAUGUGACCUGCUUGACAUUUUUGGUGGAAUCAGCUUCUUUCCACUGGAUAAAAUGACUUAUUUGAAAAUCCAGUCCUUUAUUAAUAGAAUGGAGGAAAGCUUGAAUAUAGUCAAAUACACUGCAUUUCUCUAUAAUGAUCAACUCAUCUGGAGUGGACUAGAACAAGACGACAUGAGAAUUUUGUACAAAUACCUCACCACCUCCCUGUUUCCCAGGCACAUGGAACCUGAGUUGGCGGGAAGGGAUUCUCCAAUAAGGGCAGAAAUGCCAGGAAAUCUUCAACAUUAUGGGAGAUUUCUUACUGGACCCUUGAACCUUAAUGAUCCAGAAGCAAAAUGCCGAUUCCCAAAAAUUUUUGUAAAUACGGAUGACACUUACGAAGAGCUCCAUUUAAUUGUUUAUAAGGCAAUGAGCGCGGCAGUGUGCUUUAUGGUUGAUGCCUCCAUUCAGCUGACGUUGGAAUUUUGCCGAAGACUGGACAGCAUCGUUGGGCCCCAGCUCACGGUGCUGGCAUCUGACAUCUGUGAGCAGUUUAACAUCAACAAAAGGAUAUCUGGGUGCAGGGUUUUGGAAAAUGUUCUGCGCAUGUGUCCUAGAACUUUGUCUGAGAAGGAGCCCCAGUUUAAGUUUAUCUACUUCAACCACAUGAACUUGGCGGAGAAGAGCACGAUUCACAUGAGGAAAACGCCCAGUGUGUCACUUACGUCUGUCCACCCGGAUCUGAUGAAGAUUCUAGGUGACAUCAACAGUGAUUUUACCAGAGCGGACGAAGAUGAAGAAAUCAUUGUGAAAGCCAUGAGUGAUUACUGGGUGGUUGGGAAAAAGUCGGAUCAGCGGGAGCUGUAUGUUAUUUUGAAUCAAAAAAAUGCAAACCUGAUUGAAGUCAAUGAAGAAGUAAAAAAGCUCUGUGCCACGCAGUUCAGUAACAUCUUCUUCUUGGACUGACUGACAACGGCUCACCGAAAACAUCUUUUAAAAACUCAGCGAACAUUUUGUUUACCAUUGCAAGUUAUUGGUCAUAUUAUUGACUGGAUUAAUGACAAUAGUAAAGCAAUACUUGCUUUGAAGAAUCAAAUUUCUACUCAGUCUGAUGAUCCCUUGAGGUUUUUAGAUUUUAAAUAUUUAUGUGGAAUUGAUUAAAGAUAGUUGGCUAUAUAUCAUUUCAUUCUUUUGACAUUAUGUGAAUAUUUUACUGGAAAAUAAGACUAAUAAAUUCUUUAAAAGUUUUUAAAA